AUCUAGCAUGAAUUAAUACUGUGGCAUUACCAUUUCUUCAUCAGGACCAAUUACAGUACAUUAGCAGCUACUGCUGGAGAAUACAAUAGUCUCUAACAUGCGUCAUUAAUGUGUAACAGAUCCCUCUGGGUCAUGCCUUUCCACCCCAGAUAAAAGCAGCCAAGGAGGUAGGUGAGUGCUCACUGCCUUUGGGGUGCAGCCCUUUGGGGUUGGCUCUUGCCCCUGGGGCCAUGGUGGUGCCAGGGGCACUGUGGUCCUGUGCCAGCCCCUCCAGCCUCACCUGGGGCGUUCUGGAGCGGCUCCAGGCGCUGUGGCCGGCGCAGCCUCUCUCACGGCCAUUGCACAGCAUGUUCAGCCCUCGCCACGGCCUCAUCCAAGGAGCAGCCCAGCAGAGGUGGUGGGUGGGAAGAAGAGGAGCCAGGGCUGCCCCAGCAUGGGGUGCAGAAGCCAGGGGCAGCGGCUGUGGGGUGAGAUGGCGAGGCGGGCGCUGGCGCUGCUGCUCUGCCUUUCCCUGGCUGCGGCGGCAUCCGCCGACUGUGUGACCCAGUGCUCCCUCUGCACAGCACAGACCCACGGCACCGGCAGCAGCAUCCAGCCCCUGAUGUGCCUGUGGGAAUGCCAGGGCUCCGCAGCGCCCGGCCCCGAGUGGGAGACGUGCAGGAAGGCGCUGGCCCUCCUGGCCCCGCUGGUGGCCCUGGCCGAAGGGACGGACGCGUCCCCAGGCGAGGCAGAGGAGGACGAGGCAGAGCCGGAGCCGAGUCCCGAGGAGCCGCCGGCGGCACCCGCCAAGCGCUACGGCGGCUUCAUGAAGAAGACGGCCAAGGGGAAGCUGCUGUGGCUGCUGCGCCAGAACACCCAGAGCAAGGGCGGCCUCAGCCACAAGCUUGGGGGCUUCGGCCGCAAGCCGGGGGAGCGCGAGGCCCCCCAGGACUACCCGGGGCCGGCAGCAGCCGGGGCCGAGGGGCAGGAGCUGCGCAAGCGUUAUGGCGGCUUCCUGCGCCGCGUGCGGCCCAAGCUGCGGUGGGACGAUGAGAAGCGCUUCGGGGGCUCCCUGCGGCGCCACUUCAAGGUGACCACGCGCUCGGACGAGGAGCCCAACGCCGACUCAGGGGAGCUGUGGGACCUAUAGAGCCGGGUGGCACCCACGGCCCCCACGCUGCGGUACCCCCAGCCCCUGCCUCAUCCCCACAUGGCACCACCAGCCCCCAGCAUCACUUGUCCCUCUUUGGUUCCCCAGCCCAUCCCUUAGGCACCCUGUGACCUCCCCUGCCACGGCUGCUGGUGCUGGGGCUGUGAGUCCAGCCCUGGGCUCCUGGGGGUAAAUCGAGGGGGAAGAUGUGUUCUCCUCCCUCCCACAGCUGCAGAAGCACAGCAAGGGUCUGGAAGCCAUCAGAGCUGAUGGACAGGGCAAUGGCCUCUGAGCACCAGGAAGGAGGAGCUGGGGCAGGAUUGGCCCCUUUGGGCUUGUAGAGGGGCUCAGGCAGCUGUGGGGAGGGAAAGCUGGGCAGGGCUGGCACCCCAGCACCAUCCCCUGGGUGGGCAGCCAGCUGAGCACAACCCUGACCCUCUCCCCAUAUCCCUGCACCCACUUAGUGCCCCCAGGCUCCCCCCUCGGAGAAGGACCCCCCCCAAGGCCAGGGUUGGACCCACAUCCCAGCCCCUGUUCUC